ACUUUGCUCGUGUUUUCUGAGGCUUCGGCAUUUCGUUGCAGUGAGUUUGAUGGCUAUGGCGAGGUCUCUGCUUGCUCUUGCUCGCAUGGGCAAUGGAGCUCGCGUCUUCCAGAAAAAUCUCCACCCCCAUGCGGCGCUUCUUGCCCCCUCGAGUUCUUCAUCUUUCCCGACCCAGCUAGUAGCUCCUUUGUCUCGCUAUGGCGCCUCGUUCCGGUUCUUGAGCGGCGAUCAUACUGCCAAGUGGAUGCAGAACACCGAAAACAAGAAGUCUCCUAUGGAGUUGAUUCAGGAAGUACCUCCAAUCGACGUCGAUGCCCGAAUCGCGGCUUGUGAAGGAGGGACGGACCCCGCUUUGGGUCACCCAAUCGAGUACAUAAGCCUAGAUGGCGUAGGUCCACAUGUGUGCAAGUAUUGUGGUCUCAGAUAUAAUCAAAGGAAUGCCCAUGGGCACCAUUGACAUUGAAAACAUUUUUAUUUUUCUUAAAUAAUUUGGCCCAUCAGUUCCAACACUUUCACUUGCCCCAGCUGGCUACAAACUGAUGUAUACAUUGAUUUUUGGCUUUGCUACAUCAGAUCAUGCUCUGUAGAUGGAGCUUAUUUGUUGUCCUGCUGUUGCAACAUGUGGACCUUACAAUUUUUAUUUCUGAAAUGACAAUACUACUUGUAGUUAUCUUUAAUAAACUAAUACCCUAUCUGUAGGUGGGGCAUUGGCAUUUAUCCAACA